AUGGCGGCAUACGUCCAAGAAGGAAAACGUAUCCCGAGACGUGGAGAGAUUGGGCUUACUAGUGAUCAGAUACAGUCAUUCGAAGAUGUUGGAUAUGUGAUGAGUGGUAGCCGACAUCGUCGCAUGAACGCCGUCCGUAUCAGAAAAGAAAAUCAAGUUAUUUCCGCAGAGGAAAAACGUGCACUUAUGUUAUUCAAAAAUCGGGGGCAACUCACAAUAGCCGAUCCGCCUGGAUAUGCAGCUUCUUCGAAUUCUUCUACUACACGGAACAGUGCGAAAGCAUGGGAUGCAGCAUUAUCACCCGGGAAGAAUAUCCCAAUGAACGCGUUCAUGCUAUGGAUGAGUGGGAACGGGGUGCAAAUAUUUAGUGUCAUGAUCACUGGGAUGUUGUUCUUUCAACCGAUUAAAGCUUUGUUGGCGAUAGAUAGCACAUUUGAACGUUACGAAUCUUCAAAAAAUCAAUCACAACUUUUAUUGCCAAAAAUCACAUUUGUUCUGCUACAACUUUUAACGAUGGCACUCGGUCUGUAUAAAUGUUCCGCUAUGGGAUUAUUGCCAACUGCUACAUCUGAUUGGUUGGCAUUCAUGGAACCAAAACAGAUAAUAGAAUAUUCUGCAAUGUGA